CUCAUACUUAUCAUGUCUGCGACCAUACGCACUGGCAGUCGUAGGGGAGAACGAUGCGCUUCGGACGUCUCCUAGCGCAAGUGCCAUUUCUGGGAUGGUUUACGCCCGGGAUCGAGGAUGUACACAUAUUGGGCACGUCCAGUGAUAAGCUGCUGGAACCCGUAUAUACUCGCCUCCCAACGGGUGUAGUCAAACCGCACGGAUGGGGGAUGAACAUGGCCCAGGUAUUAGCCAACGGGCUUGCGAGUCAACAGCCUCUGUGGUACAGCUAUGUGAAGGACUCGAUCUGGCAAGGAGGCAUGCUGGAGUACAGCGAGAUGCAGGAGGCCGCUCCAUACUGGUUCUGGAUUGCGCUCGCCCACCAGCUCCAGAACGACACCCUCAUCGGAUACACGGAGAACUUCCUCGACCACGUCCUCGCGUCGCGCCAUCCCUCAGGCAACUUCGGCCCCGCUCCGUUCAACGCGUCUCUCCCGACACUUUUGUGGCCGAGGUACCUCGUUAUGCUCGGACUCAUUCAAUACGCGGAAGCCGAUCCCAGUCGGAAGGAAGAGAUCUGCGACCUCAUGCACGCCUUCGUCCCAUACGCAGCGAAGCGCUUCGCAGACGGCGACAUAGGCGACGAAGACCUCGGAGGGCAGUACGGCUUCCAGGUCGUCCGCUGGGAGGAGCUCGUUCUUGUGCUGCAGUGGCUCUACGACAACGACGCCAGAGGGAAGGAAACGGAGCUGAUCUCCCUGAUGCAAGCCGCCCAGGCGCAGGGCUUCGCAUGGAAGCGUGAUUUCUACGUCGACAAUGGGACGUUCCCGAGGUUGGGGGUGCUUGCGGGCGAGGAUACUCAGGAGAGACAUGGUGUCAAUAUCGCAGAAUCUCUGAAGUCAGAGGCCUUGGUUUGGCGAAUUACGGGCGACCCGAGUGACAUCGCGAGCACCUACGCGCGCAUGGAGAUGCUAUGGAAGUAUCACGGCAGGCCACAAGGCAUUUCAGCACCGAUGAGCAUCUCGGCGGAUUACACCCCUCACGCGGCUCUGAUACUGCGCGAGCGUCGAGCGAUGUUCUCUCUCGAGUACAUGUACGCCACCCUCGGCGAGCCAGCCUGGGCCGACCUCACCGAAAAGAUCGCCUACAACGCGAGCACGCCCGACUGGUGGGCCCAGCAGUACCUGCAACAGACGAACCAAGUCUGGGUGCAGAACCGCACGGACGGGAAGCCGUGGGCGACGGACGGGCCAUACAGCAACGUCAUGGGCAUGGAGCCCGACUUCCCCUGCUGCACCGUCAACCACCCGCAGGCGUGGCCCAAGUUCUGGGCCAACAGCUUCCUGCUCGCGGACGACGGCGCCGCGCUCGUGCACGCGCUCCUCGGGCCCGCGACGCUCGCGACACGCUUGGCGGGCGGGGCGAGCGUGAAUGUCACGGUGGACACGCUGUAUCCGUUUGGGCAGACGCUGGAGUAUAGGAUCGAGGCCUCGGCGCCGUUCACGUUCUACGUGCGCAUACCCGGCUGGGCGAAGUCGGGGAGCACCCUCAGCGCCGUGGCUGUCCAGGCAGGGGAAACGGUUGUCGAGCUGUACCUCGACAUGGAGGUGGUGAUCGAGUCACGGUCGAACGGGAGCAUAGCCGUGCACCGGGGCCCGCUGUUCUACGCGGUAGACCUAGCAUAUAACGAGACGCUAAGGCCUGCAAUGAGGGCCUCAGGACCCCUCAGACUGCUAACACCCUCCCCGGCGUCCCAGAGUCCGAUCUUCUACUAUACGACAACCACACGCACGACCACGACUGGCUCCCCCGUACCCUGGAACAUCGCCCUCGACCCGUCCACGCUCACCUUCCACUCGCAGCCGCCAGCGAACAGCGCGCUCCCGUACUACGUCUGGGCGACGGGCGCGCAGCCGCAGUGGCUGACCGCGGCGGCGUGCGAGAUCGAGUGGCCGCUCGCGGACGGGGACCCGGAUUGGCCGCCUCAGAGCCCGAAUGAGUGUACAGGCGAGCCGUUUGACGUCACGUUGAGGCCAUUUGGCGGGACGAGGUUGCGGGUGGGGGAGAUACCGACAAUGUUGGUCUCGGGCCCGUAG